CUGUCAGCGAAUCACCUGUUUUUGUUUCGUUCUGUUAGUCUGCUCCAGAUAGAUGCAUAACAUCAUCACCAUAAAAACAAAAACAUAUUUUUCUCCAUCGUUUAUUUAUUUACUUCACUUUCAUAAGAGCAAUAAUUUAUUAUGGCAUCAAUUGGAACCCCUAUUCGUGGGAACGUGCAAGUUGAUUUUAAUUUAUAUUCUUCGUCUAUAGAUGGUAAUAUUACCUCUUCAUCAUCUCUUCAAGAAUGUCCACUUUGUUGCAAGUCAAGAAAGGUAUUUUAUUGCAAAACUUGCAUAAACAAUGGUGAUUACUUCAGGUCGACUGCCCCCUGUGCUGAAAGGUAUGCAGAGAAACGCUUGCGACUUAUGAGACUCAAGAAAGAAAAAAGGGACAUUGAACUAGAAUGUGAAAAACUCCUUGAGUGGCGACUCCUCAAAAUAAAACUUAUCAGUGAGAUUGAUGAUCACAAGGAACGAAUCAAGCUGCUUAGGUGUCUGAUAAAGAAGUCACAGGAGGAAAUAGCCCAUAAAAAGACAGUGAUUGCCCAACUGAAGUGUGAUAAUGAGAAGAGUGUCAGUCAAACGUUACCAUUAUACAGGGAAAAGGUUCAGCGUCUGCAAGGAUUUGUAGUACAUCACAACAACGAUGUAGCCAGCAGACGACAGAGACUGGCCGAUGUACAGCAAGAGCUCAAGAAAGUGAUCAGGAUCAGAAUACAUGAGCUGGUCAAGUACAUCUUCCCCAUAUCAGCUGUUCAGCCGUCCAGGAGUCAGGAUAGCAGUGGUACCCAGAGUGCAUUGAAUGAGGCAGCUACAACAACAUACAUGUGUGGCCGCUGGGUGACUACAGAUGUAUCUGGACAGCUUCAUCACAGCAUUGUAGCCCCUACCCUGCCUGCGUCUGGAGACUACUCCUCUUACAAUGACUGGGUUAGUGCCUCGAAAGAUGGAGUACCUAUGACUAAUAUUGAAUCGAUUGAACAAAACCAAGCAUACAACAUCAGUGCGGCUCUUACCUAUACGACUCAGUUAGUCAACGUGAUAGCCUUCUACCUGGGAAUCAAACUGCCCAACAAGCUGUGCUAUAGUGAGUUAUGCAGUACUGCGCUGAGUGAGAACAAGUUUGCACGUCGUGUGGCUCGUCUCAACCUCAAUGUCUUACACUUGUGCCUCUCCCAAAAUGUUCCUGCGGAGAGUAUUCACCCGUCACAGACACUACAGAACAUCCUCUACCUUCUGGAAUCUGAGGACUUGGGAAGAAUUGGCCCAGUACAAGUGGAGCCUUUGGUGUCUCGGGCACUUGAGGAUCAGUUGAGGGUAAAUCUGGACACUUCUAGUGAUGACUCAGGCUCUGAGGAGGACAGUGACCAUCUACCUUUGGAGUGGGAGGCAGUACCUCAUGUGUCAAGUGUAGACAUGUCUCACACUCCAGUGCACACCCACUCUACCAAUGUAGCUGGGGGACUUAUGGCCAGUGCUACAGCUAGUCUGGCGUCUAUCCUGCGUGGCUGGACCACAAACAGAUAACAGGUGCUGUGUGCUGGUUCCAACACAGACCAGCUUUGUCAACCGAUAGUGAGAUUCACAGCUAAUGGCGGAUCAAUAUUUAAUAGUUUGUGCUCUUAAAAACUGAUUUGCUAAUUGUUUACCGAUUUGUAAUUUAUUGUUUUUUUAAAUAUAUUUUCAAAUUGAA